AUGGAUUCCUUUGCUGCAAACCCAAAGAAAUCAUUCCACAUCCGCUCUAACAGUUUGCCCCAAAAGCCGCAUCCAGUUUUGGAUCAAGUUGAAGAACAUCUCUGCAGAUUAAAGGCCUCUGAAGCCAUUUCUUCAUCUUCUUUGAGUCAAAAGCUUGAUGGCCUUCAUGAUUUACAUGAUUCUAUUGAUAAGUUGCUCUGUUUGCCAUCCACCCAUCAAGCUCUCGUUGAUAACAAAUCAGUUGAUGACUUGCUAGAAGGCUCUAUCAAGCUCUUGGAUGUGUGCUCUUUGGCUAAGGAUGUGCUAUCACAAAUGAAAGAAUGUGCACAUGAACUUGAGUCAGCUCUGCGCAGAACAAGAGGAGAUGACAUUGAAGUUGAUAUUCUAAAGUAUUUGAACUCAAGGAAGAUGAUGAACAAGGCAAUCCACAAGGUCUUGAAAGGAAUGGAACGAACAAGUUACGAAAAUGGCGAUGAGAGUUCGGAAAUUGUUCGUUUAUUAAACGACGCAGAAGUCGUCACAUAUAAUAGCAUUGGAUCCUUCUUGUCCUUCAUAGCCGGACAGAAGUUGUCAUCAAAGAUGAGCAGAUGGUCUUUGGUUUCCAAGUUGAUGCAUCCUAAGAGAGUUGCUUGCAAAGACGUCGGUGCAAAUCGAAACGAAGUCGGGGUGGUUGAUGCUGCAUUGUAUUCAAUCAUCAAUCAGCAAUCUGAUGUCCUGGUGCAAGUUAAGGAUGCACAAAACUCGUUGAGGAAGUUGGAGUCGUGUAUUCAUGACCUCGAACAAGAUCUCGAGAGUCUAUAUCGACAUCUUAUCAAGAAUCGAGUCUCCUUUCUUAACAUCCUUAAUUACUAA